UUAACGAAGUCUUCAAAAACAUUGGGGUUCAGAACAAUACCCGAGGACAAGUCAAUCAAAGAACUGAAAAAGCGGUCAUUAAAAAGUAUACUUCUAUGUGAACUCAGCCUAACGGCCUUAAUAUCCAGCAUGGCAAUCGAAUUAUACCUUUCGUUGUCACCUACAAUUCUACUCUUAAAAAUGCCGAUGUAAUUGUCAGACGCUUUUAUAAAGAACUCUGGGAAGAAUUCCCUGACAUCUGUACUAAACGUUUGGUGACUGCUUACAAAAGGAAUAAAAUAGGUGGCGCUUCAUUUUGUCUUCAUUUCUUCCAAAAUGGCGACGCGGCGUGUGUUAGAAGACGAUCUGAAAAAUGUUGAAUUCGAAACAAGCGAGGAAGUUGAUGUUACUCCAACGUUUGACAACAUGGGUCUUAGGGAGGAACUGCUAAGGGGCAUAUAUGCAUAUGGGUUUGAAAAACCAUCAGCUAUUCAACAGAGAGCAGUGAAGCCAAUAACGAAAGGCAGAGAUGUGAUUGCUCAAGCUCAAUCUGGUACUGGUAAAACAGCCACAUUUUCCAUAAGCAUAUUACAAACUGUUGAAACACAAUUAAGAGAAACACAAGCUCUUUGUUUAGCACCUACCAGAGAGUUAGCUGUACAGAUUCAAAAGGUUAUAUUGGCGUUGGGUGAUUAUAUGAAUAUACAAUGUCAUGCCUGUAUUGGUGGAACAAAUGUUGGAGAAGACAUCAGAAAAUUGGAUUAUGGUCAACAUGUUGUUGCUGGUACACCUGGCAGAGUUUUUGAUAUGAUUAAAAGAAGGAAUUUACGAACUAGAUCAAUCAAGAUGUUGGUAUUAGACGAGGCAGAUGAAAUGUUAAAUAAAGGUUUUAAAGAACAAAUUUAUGAUGUAUAUAGAUAUUUGCCACCAGCUACACAAGUUCUACUUAUAUCUGCUACCUUACCACAUGAAAUCCUUGAAAUGACCAGUAAAUUUAUGACUGAUCCCAUCCGAAUCUUAGUUAAACGUGAUGAGUUGACAUUAGAGGGUAUUAAACAGUUUUUUGUAGCUGUAGAAAGAGAGGAGUGGAAGUUUGAUACAUUAUGUGAUUUGUAUGAUACAUUAACUAUUACUCAAGCUGUUAUAUUCUGUAACACAAAGAGAAAGGUUGACUGGUUAACAGAGAAAAUGAGAGAAGCUAAUUUUACUGUAUCAUCUAUGCAUGGUGAUAUGCUUCAGAAAGAAAGAGAAGCCAUUAUGAAAGAAUUUAGAUCAGGAGAAAGUCGUGUGUUGAUAACAACAGAUGUAUGGGCUAGAGGUAUUGAUGUUCAACAAGUAUCAUUAGUCAUUAAUUAUGAUCUACCAAAUAACAGAGAAUUGUACAUUCACAGAAUUGGUAGAUCAGGUAGAUUUGGUCGUAAAGGUGUGGCUAUUAAUUUUGUGAAGAAUGAUGAUAUUCGUAUUUUACGUGAUAUUGAACAGUACUAUUCUACACAGAUUGAUGAAAUGCCAAUGAACGUUGCUGAUUUGAUUUAAAGAAGUGCUGUCCAUAUAACAGUUGUAAAUAGUAUCAUUAUUUUAACAUUGUCAGAUCAUUUUGUAUAUAAACAUUAGACAUUUUGACAAAACCUGAAUCAUUUUAGUGGUCUGUCUGUACAUCAUGGUUAAAUUUAUUUGAUUUCAUUGCUUAGUUCCUUAUAUAUGAAGAAUGUAAUGGGCUUAUUAAGGGAACUCAACUUCUUCAUUCAAUUUUUCUAUUGAUAUCUGAAAACAGUAAUAAAUAUAAAAGCAUUCAACUUUUAGAUGUACAUAAAGUUCUUUUGUUCUUUUGUUCAUCUUGUGUAUAAAACAUAAUCUAAAUAAAAUUUAGAAAUAACUCAUAUUAUUGAAUAUUUGUGACAAGAGUGAAGUUCAAGCCCCGAAAUCCUUGAACUAAAGGGAUUGCUUUUAAUAUAUCUAGUUUGUGUUUUAUUUUCGUAGCAGUUUGAAAGCUAGAAACAUACCUAUACUAUUUGUUGCAUCUUAUUCUUAUCACAAUAAUAAUUUCUUGAUUAGUGCAUCUAACAUAAGUUGUGCAUUGCUGUGCAGGCUUUUACAAAAUUAGCAAAGUUUUGGGUUUAAUUCUAAGCAUAGGGUUGAAAAAGGAUGUUCUGAUGAGACAAUGAACUAAAACUAAAAGAAGUUCAGGUUCAACACCCUCGGACAUAAUCAAAGAGGAGGAGCUAAUUCGAUAUUACCUAUUGUCCACUCAAUCCAUAGAGUUAUGUUUUUAUUAGCAAGAAUUAGCAAGAAAAAUGUAUUUCCUCAAUCUUUCACAUUAAGACAAUUGAAACGCAAAGCAUUUAAUAAAAAGAAUUGUUUAUUAUAAGAAAAUAACAAAGUUUAAGUUAUUUGAUUAUUUAUAUGUACACCAAUAAACACCUUUCUUGGUCAAGUCAACAAUAUUUUAGAGCAGAACAUCUUGUGAUAGUCAAAUUAUCUAAGAAAGCAGGUGAGAAAAUACCUCGAAAACACUAAAUAUAAUUUCUAGUGCAAAAUAUAUAUAAAAGUCUAAUAAAUAAUGAAAUUCAAAUUGGUCUCUGCUUUAUGGAUUCGUAGGACGAAACUCAGCUAAACACAUGUCAAAGACUAGUCUGAAAUAUUAUAGUUUUCCAUAAUUUACAAAGCCUGAAAAAAGAAUUCUAAAAUAUUCAACCUUCACAACUAAGCAGUUGGUAAAGUAAAAAAAACCUAAUCAGCAUUGGAUUUAAGGUCAAAAGUCUCUUGCACACUUCUUGCAUUGAGACCAGAAGAACGCAUGUAACCAAGGAACAAUGGCACAUUAUUAUUUAUAAAUUGGUAAUUGUAUCUACUGACUAAAUUGCUAGUCUAUAAUUUGACAUGUAUUUAGUUAAGAAAUCUGAUACUCAUUUUCUGUUCUACAUCCACUCUCUCCAUUGCCUGAACAAAUUCAUCAAAAGAUAUUUGAUUAUCUUUAUCAAAGUCAACUUCCACUAUAGUUCUAUCAGCUAUACUUGAUAACUGUUCUUCUGAUAUAUUGGCACCAACCAUCAUGUGUAAAACAGCUAAUAAUUCUUCUUUAGAAAUCCUCUCAUCUCCAUCUAAAUCAUACAUUUUAAAUGCAAAUUUGAGUUUAUCUUCUCGUGUGUUAAUCUUAUUUUUCUCUGGAUUUGUUUUUAUUGGUCGAAAUCUUCCUAAAACUCUCAUAAACUGUUUAAAAUUCACAGUAUCAUCAUUACUUUCUUGAAAAAAUGCAUGUACAAUUCUAUCUCCCAGUGGAUUUAUAGCCAAUUCAGGAAUUCUCAGGAAAUCUUCUCGACUUAAAAAUCCAUUAUUACUUUUAUCUAAACUAGUAAAUCUACUAUAUAAUCUGGCAAUUUGACUCUGGGAAAAUCCAGUUUCUUUGCUGAUUUCAUUUAUUUCUGCCUCUUGUAGUUGAAUGGAUGAUCUGGCACCCAUUGUGACUGAAGUUUAGUUGAAGAGUGUUUGAAUAAUGAAACGUUUAAUGACUGUCUAAAUAAUGGUAAGUCAACCUUUCAUCCCAUAUUAAAUUGACCUUCCUCU